AUGUUCGUUGAUAAAUCUUCAAAGUCAACUCUCAAGAUGUCUUACGGUAACGGUUACAACUCAUAUGGUGGUUCUGGUGGAUACUCACGCGGUAAUGACAGAGGUGGCUCAAAAUCAUACGGCGGUGGCGGCGGCGGCUACGGUGGUGGCCGUGACAGAAACUACGGUGGAUCCCGCGGUGGUUACGACGAUGGCUUCAGCGACGGCCUCAGCAAACCAGAUUUCAGCAAUUUGACAAAGUUUGAGAAAAAUUUCUACGUCGAAGACAAGCGCGUUCAAGGCCGUAGCGAUCAAGAGGUCACCGAGUUCAGAAAGAAGCACGACAUGUCUAUCGUCGGUACCGGUGUUCCUAAGCCUAUCACUGCCUUCGACGAGGCCGGCUUCCCUAACUACAUUUUGAACGAAAUCAAAAAGAUGGGAUUCCCAUCACCAACUUCCAUCCAAUGUCAAGCCUGGCCUAUGGCUCUCAGCGGUAGAGACAUGGUUGCUAUCGCUCAAACAGGUUCUGGUAAGACCAUUUCCUUCGCUUUGCCAGCUAUGGUCCACAUCAACGCACAGCCAUUGUUAUCACCAGGUGACGGUCCAAUCGCAUUGAUCUUAGCUCCAACACGUGAGCUUGCUGUCCAAAUCCAAGAAGAAUGCACAAAAUUCGGUAAAUCUUCAAGAAUUCGUAACACUUGUGUAUACGGUGGUGUACCAAAAGGACCACAAAUCAGGGACUUAGUUAGAGGUGCCGAAAUCGUUAUCGCUACCCCAGGUCGUUUGAUCGAUAUGCUUAACAUGGGCAAGACCAACCUCAAGCGUGUCACUUACUUGGUUAUGGAUGAAGCUGAUCGUAUGCUUGAUAUGGGUUUCGAACCUCAAAUCCGUAAAAUUGUCGAGCAAAUCAGACCUGACAGACAAACACUCAUGUUUUCAGCUACAUGGCCUAAGGAAGUUAAGGCCUUGGCCCACGAUUUCUUGACAAACAUGAUUCAAGUUAACAUCGGUUCAUUGGAGUUAUCAGCUAACCACAACGUCAAGCAAAUUAUUGAAGUUUGCUCUGACUUUGAUAAGCGUGGUAGACUUGUCACCCACCUUGAUCAAAUUUCCCAAGAGAAUGCUAAGGUUCUCAUUUUCAUCGGUACAAAGCGUAUCGCUGAUGAUUUGACUAAGUACCUCCGUCAAGACGGUUGGCCAGCACUCGCCAUUCACGGUGACAAGCAACAACAAGAACGUGACUGGGUUUUAUCAGAAUUCAAGUCUGGUAGAUCCCCAAUUAUGCUUGCUACUGAUGUUGCUUCACGUGGUUUAGACGUCAAAGAUAUUGGUUAUGUUAUCAACUAUGAUUUCAGCAGCAAUGUUGAAGAUUAUAUUCACAGAAUUGGUAGAACCGGUAGAGCAGGUACUAAAGGUACUUCAAUCACAUUCUUUACCACAGAAAACGCAAAGAGCUCCCGUGAUCUCGUAAAGAUUUUGCGUGAAGCUAACCAAAAUGUUCCACCAGAAUUAGAGGAAAUGGCAUCAUUCGGUGGCCGUGGUGGCGGCGGUCGAGGUGGCUACGGCGGUCGCGGCAGAGGUCGUGGCGGUUACGGCAGAGGCGGCGGCGGAUUCAGCAGUGGUGCUAACAGCUACUCUGGUGGUAACAUGAGACGCUGGUAA